GGAGGAUUUAGUUAAAUUUAUAGUGCUAUCUGGUUAGAUGGACCUAUUGAUAGUUGGAACUUUGAUGAACAACAAUGGAAUAGAUGGACUGAAUAUGAAGUUAUUCUUAAAAAUCUUAAUGAUUCAUCAAGUUUAAGUGAUAAAUUUUUAGAUGAGUGGAAACACCAUUAUAAUUGUCAGAAAAAAUCAUUUUCAAAAUUUAUUCAAUUCUUUGGAAUUUCCCAAGAUCCAAAUAAUUUAAAUUAUGUAAUAAUAAUGAGUUAUGCAAAAAAUGGAAGUUUGAAAAAAUGUUUAUCUAAUAUAGUUAAAUUUAAAUGGCAAACUAAAUUGCAAUUAUUGAAAAAAAUUAUUUUAGGACUUAAAGUAAUACAUGAAUCAGAACUUACUCAUUGUGAUUUUCAUGAUGGUAAUAUCUUAAUAUCAGAUGAUUAUAAUGAAAUAUAUAUUAUUGAUUUAGGAUUAUGCAAACCUAUACAAAAUUCUGAUGAUAAAAUUGAUAAAGUUUAUGGAAUUAUACCUUAUAUGGCACCUGAAAUAUUAAGAAACAACCCUUAUACUCCAGCAAGUGAUAUCUAUAGUUUUUCAAUGAUUAUGUGGGAAUUUACAUCAGGUAUUCCUCCAUUUAAUAAUAAAGCACAUGAUGUUGAACUUAUUUUAAGUAUUUGUGAAGGAGAUCUCCCUGAAAUUAUAAAAAAUACUCCAAAAUGUUAUAUAGAUUUGAUGAAAAAGUGCUGGGUUUCAGAUCCUUCCAAAAGACCAAAUAUAGUAAUUAUUGAAAAUACUAUAUCUGAAUGGCUUAGAAGUAUUAAUGAAUAUUAUAUAUUUAAUAGUGAAGAUGAACAAAGUUAUGAAGUUCCUAAUAUUGGUAAUCAAUUAAGAAAUGAUAUGUAUGAAUUUAUAAAAGCAAAUAGAGAUUUGAUGCAAGAACAAGCUAAUAUUUCUGUUUUACAAACUCAUCCACAAGCAUAUUAUACAAGCCGCUUGCUUACUGAAAUUUUAUAUCAAAAUAAUUCUGAGUGUUUGGAUUGUAUAAUUUAAAUUUAAAUAUAAAUUUUUAUAUUGACUUUAUUUAUUGAUUCAUAAAAACUUUAAAUAAACAAAUUUUAUUUGUGAUGAUAAAAA